GUCUCGACAAAGGCGGCUACGCUCCUGCUGUCUCAGAGAGGGCCGGAAUGGACUCUGACCGGAGGAAAUUUACGGUCCUUCCUCGCUGCUGGGCUUUUCCCUUUGGUUCUCCGCCCUUGAGCUGCUGCCUUUGAGAGUCUCGCCCAGAUCACGGCCUCGCCUACCCUGCAGAACCGCGGAGAGAGGGAGUGAGCGUCUUUACUAGAGUUCCAGUUCGAAGCGCUAGGCUGGAACGUCUGCUAGGCUGGAACGUUCUCCUCUGUUCCUCCGGGCCCCCGGAUAAGGGCUCAGAAGGCAGGGAUUCCUUCUCGGCUGGAUUAGGCCUGGAAUCGGGUCACAGCGGGGCAGGGUCGCGAGGAAGCGGAGACCUGGUAAUGGCUCAGUCCAUCAUGCCUCCCAAGAAUGUGUUGAGUCAAGAUGAACUGCGCAAAAAACUAUACCAGACGUUUAAGGAACGGGGUGUACUGGACACGUUAAAGAUACAACUCAGAAACCAGCUAAUCCGUGAAUUGAUGCACCCUGUAUUGAGUGGAGUGCUUCAGCCUCAGUCCAUCUCAGUGGAAGGGAGUACCCUCUUAAUAGGCGCCUCGAACUCUAUAGUGGCUGAUCACUUACAGAGAUGUGGCUAUGAAUAUUCCCUUUCUGUUUUCUUUCCAGAAAGUGGUUUGGCAAAAGAGAAGGUAUUUACUAUGCAAGACCUAUUACAACUCAUUAAAAUCAACCCCACAUCCAGUCUCUACAAAUCACUGAUUUCCGGAUUUGAAAAAGAAAACCAGAAAGGUUUCCUCAUGAAUUUCUUAAAAGAAUUGGCAGAAUAUCAUCAAGCUAAGCAGAACUGUGAUGUGGAAACUCAGACAAGUUCAACAUUUCCUAGCAAGGACUCCCUUGCAGAGAAGCUUCAGCUUAUCGAUGAUCAAUUUGCGGAUGCUUAUCCGCAGCGUCCAAAGCUAGAGUCUUUAGAAGUAAAGUUAAAUGAAUAUAGGAAUGAACUAGAACAACAACUUCAAGCAGAAAUGUGUCAAAAGUUGAAGCAUUUUAAAGAUAUUGAAAUAGCAAAGAUUAAAAGGGAAGAGAAAAGAAAGUAUGAGAAGGAAUUAACGGAGUUCCAGCGUGAGUUUGCGAAAACAUGCAAAGCAAAAACCGAAGCCCUCUUAUCUCAGGAAAAGAAUGUCCUUGAAAGAAUUCAAAAGCAUCGGGAGAGUCAAUGCUCUCCUCUACAGACUGAAACAAAGGAAAUCUAUGCUCAAAGGCAGGUUCUACUGAAAGAUAUAGAUUUGCUAAGAGGCAGAGAAGCAGAACUGAAGCACAGAGUUGAAGCUUUUGAAUUGACCCAGAGGCUCCAAGAAGAAAAAAAUAAAAGCGUGGCUGAGGCGCUUAGGAAACGGGAGCAAAAUAUAGAGAGUAUUGAGGAGACCUACGAGCAAAAGCUCAAGAAUGAACUUGUAAAGUAUCAACUUGAACUAAAGGAUGACUACAUCACUAGAACUAAUAGGCUGAUUGAAGAUGAAAGGAAGAAUAAAGAAAAAGCUAUUCAUUUGCAAGAGGAGCUCACAGUUGUUAAUUCAAAAAAGGAAGCACUCAGUCAGUCUGCAAAUCGUAUGAAAGAACUUGAGCUCGAGUUAGAGUCCAUGAAAGCAGAGUUUGUGACAACCACCAAACAAAACCACUUGCUGAAUGAAAAGGUUAAAGAGAUGAGCGAUUAUUCACAACUGAAGGAAGAGAGACUGGAGCUUCAGGCACAAAAUAAGUUACUUAAACUACAACUGGAAGACAGUAAAAAUGAAAACUUGUGUCUCCUAAACCGCAUGGCCCAGCCGGCUCCUGAACUUCUAGUUUUUCAGAAAGAAUUAAAGAAAGCGCAAGAUAUGAUUGCGUUUGAGCAUGCGGAGUUUGAAACUCAAAGGCAAGUUCUGCAAAAGCAACUGCAAAGUGAAAUUGAACAUUCUACACAGCUAAAGGCCCAGCUAUUGGAUUAUGAGUCUUCUGUAAAGAGGUUAAAGGUUCAGGUUGCUGAUUUAAAAUUGCAGCUGAAACAAACUCAGACAGCCCUAGAGAAUGAAGUAUACCGCAACCCCAAGCCGUCUCUGAGCCAUCAGUGUGUGAAUAGCUUGUUGAGCGGCCCGAUAGUGCCUCACAACGGGGAUGGACACAGGGGCAUCCUGAACAGCCCCCUGGGACUAGAGGCCAUGCCAAAGAGCCCAGGUUACCCGAAUGAGGGGAGGGAGGGCAGCUCUCUGGAUUUGGACCUUGAGUUUGUUGCCAAUACCAAGGUCAAGGUGAGAGAGCUGGAGCAAGAGGCUGAACGCUUGGAAAAGGCUUUCAAAAGUUACCAUCAAAGAGUCACUCAAAACCCUGCUAAAAGCCCAGCCCUGCCAAAGAAUCAGCUGUCUUUGCACUUGCUUGGAGCUUUCAAAAGCAGCAGUUCCACUUCCCUAGGAAGAUGCAUUUUCACAGAGGACAGAAUUGUUAUUGAGAAGCCUCAAGUGUGUACAGUUAGUGAGGAGAAGAAUGACACCGCCGUGGAAGCCACGUCGGGCAGCGCGACCUCACGGCCAUGCAGGUGCACUUCCUCUAGACGCCUGUCCUCCACACCGCUUCCCAAAGCCAGAAGAAGCCUCAACAAUGAGCUGUAUCUGGAAGGUCUGGGCAGGUCACAUGUUAUGUCCCCCAAUCCUUGUCCUGACAAAAUGCCCCAGCCAUCACCUGCUGAGUCAAGGCACAGCCUCUCUGUCCAGUCACUUUCUAGCUCUCCAGAGCAGGAGGCCGUCAUUAUUGAGAAACUAAUGGAAGUUGAGGACAGAAGUGAGUUUUCAAAUCUGGACAAACCAGCCUUUAAAGAUAAAGAAACGCUUGAACCAUCUUUUUCAGAUUUAGAAAACCCUAUCCUCAGUGGAACAAUGGAAGUGACAGAAUCCAAAAAUCAGAGUCCAGAACCUGCUGUCCUGCCUCUGGCCCUACCCUGGAAUGUCUCACCCUAUCCCCUACUUCAUGCAGGGAAUUGGCCGAGGCAGUUCAAAGCAGAUGGGCUCCUCCCUGCAGGUGACAUGCCUCACAUGGAUACUGCCGCAGCCACCGUACUCGCCAUCCCCACCCCGUAUCCCAGCCAAAGUGCAGAUCAGAAAAAGAGUGGAGAACAUACGGAAGAAGAAAGCAUGUGGGAGCAGCAUGUUAAAGAACAAAAGCAGAAGGAAGAACAAACACAGAGCGGCUUGAGGGAGGCUCUGGAAAGGGAAUGCAGAGAGAUGGGGAAACUGGAUCAGGAAAGGAGGUUGAUUGAAGAAUCACUGAAGAUUGAGAUGGAAAAGGAAUUAGAAACGAGUAAUGAAAAAGUGAAAGAAGUAUCAGCUGCCAGUGAAAAUCCUUUAGAGAAAUACAUGCAACUCGUCCAGCAAAGGAAAAAGCAACAGGCAGCAGAGCAGAGCCCCAAAAAGACGCUCCCAGAGAGCUCCCAAGUGGAUACACCGCCAUCUGAUGACCAGGAUGAAAGUUGUGCAGGGUUUUCCCAUGAAGAACCAGAUGACACUUGGUGAUUAUACUAGCUGUCCAGCUUCUUACAGCAAUGAAGUUACCCAAGAUCCAGUCCUUUCAAACAUUUCUCUGUAAUCAGACAAAAUUCCCAAUAAAAAUUGUACAGUCCA